AUGUUAAGAUCACAUUUAUCAAGACAGGUUGUCAGGCGUUAUACAAUUAGUACGGUAAAUGGUAAUCCGGGGAAGGUUUCUAUAUUAACGGUGAAAGUUCAUGGUGGGUCACGUUAUGCAGAGAAAGAUGGUCUGGCCCAUUUAUUGUCGAGGUUUAAUUAUCAAAAUACCAAUGGAAAGUCUUCCUUGAGAUUAGUUAGAGAGUCCGAGUUAUUAGGCGGUAAGUUUGAAUCUAUGGUAGACAGGGAAUUUAUUACCCUGAAAGCGACGUUUUUAUCAGAAAAUUUACCAUAUUUUGUCAAUGCUAUGGGAAAUGUUUUGUAUAAGACUACUUUCAGACCCCAUGAACUCGUAGAAUCCGUCUUUCCAGCGGCAAACUACGAUUCUCAAAUCAGAUCUAUGGAUCCAAUAGCUAAGGCUCAGGAUGCAUUGUACAAUAUCACUUACAGGACUGGUUUGGGUAACCCAGUUUUGUAUGAUGGCGUCCAAUCAAUUUCUCUCGAUGAUAUUAAAAAUUAUUCGAACAAAGUCUACACAAAAGAAAAUAUCAAUAUUAUAGGUGAAGGCAUUGAGGAAAACAGUUUGAAAAAGUUUGUACAGGAUUCUUUGAUUAGUAGCUUGCCAAAUGGGAAAGCUUUGAAAUCGGAAGCAGUUCCGAAGGCUUACUCUGGUGAAUCGAGAGUCAGAGCAACGGGAGAAUCAGUAGUAGGGAUUGGUAUCCCACUCAAAAAAGCGGAUAUUCCACUAUUUGAGGUCCUUUCGACGUAUUUGACAUGUCCACUAUUCCCAGGUUUUGAAUCAGUCCAUUCUUCUUUUGUGGAUACGUACCAUAACUCCUACGGACUUUUUCAGCUCUAUCUAAAAGGCACAGACGCUGGCAUCUUGUCAAAGAGCCUCAAAUCGAUAGUAGGUCAACUAAAGAAAAACAAUGACAUUGCAAAAGCUAUGGAAUUGGCCAAAAUCAAGAUGAAUGAAGUUGUGAAUACAGAAAUCAUCAAGCCAUUUAAACUUGAUGGUUUCAAUUACGUUGCGGUUGGAGACACAUCCAAAUUACCAUUCAAAGAGGAAUUGUGA